AUGGUCACGUUGUUUCAUGACAUGAUGCACAAGGAGAUUGAGGUAUACGUGGAUGAUAUGAUUGCAAAGUCAAGACAGGGUGAGGACCAUGUUGGAGUCUUGCAAAAGCUGUUCAAACGUCUUCGGAAAUUCAAGCUGCGCCUUAAUCCCACAAAAUGCGUUUUUGGGACGAGAUUAGGGAAGCUGUUAGGGUUCAUGGUUAGCAACAAGGGCAUAGAGAUUGAUCCGUCAAAGGUCAAGGCUAUUUGUGAUUUACGAGCCCCGAUCACCACCAAGGAGGUCCGCAGCUUGAUGGGGCGGCUCAAUUAUGUGGCGAGGUUCAUCUAUCAAUUGUUUGAAACAUCGAAACCAUUCUUCAAACUCCUGAAAAAGAAUGCAAAGAUUGAGUGGGAUAUUGAGUGUCAGGGUUGCGACAAUACACGCUUCCAUCACCGAAUCCUGUUGGUGACCGAAAAUGAUCCCAUCAGAUACCUCCUGGAGAAGCCGGCAUUGGUUGGCAAGUUGGCCAAGUGGCAAAUAUUAAUUUCAGAGUUUGACAUUCAGAGCCUGGGGCAGAAGUCCGUUAAAGGUCGCGCCAUAGUAGACAUGUUGGCAGAAAGUCCCGAGUGGUCCAGGACAUUUGAUGAAGAUAGUGAUGCAGGGGAGCAAAUUUUACUUGUAUCAAGUGACAAAUGGACGAUGUACUUCGAUGGUGCAGUUAAUUUAGUCAAGUCGGAGUGCUUGGGGCGUUCUUAUCUCCCUAGGCGGUGCCCAGCUUAUUGCAUGACGAUUGAAGAAGAACCGGACGGACAGCCUUGGUAUCAUGACAUCUUAAAGUAUCUGCAGAAUGACUAUUUUACUAAGUGGAUCGAGGCCAAUUCAUAUGUUAAUGUUACUGCCAAGAAUGUGGCGAAGUUCAUUCGUCGCGACAUUGUCGCUCGCUACGGGGUGCCGGAGGCGAUCAUUACCGACAAUGGCACUAAUUUGAACAACAAAGUCGUAGAUGGAUUGUUUAGUGAGUUUCGAAUUAAGCAUUUGAACUCGUCACCGUAUCGUCCUCAGAUGAAUGGAGCAGUGGAGGCGGCGAACAAGAACAUAAAGAAAAUCCUAUCGAAGACUGCCGAGAAUUAUCAUGAUUGGCAUGAUAGACUCCCUUACGCGUUAAUGGCGUAUCGAACUUCUAUCUGCACCUCCACAGGGGCAACUCCUUUUUCACUCGUGUAUGGGAUGGAGGCAGUCUUACCUGUUGAAGUUGAGGUCCCUUCUUUAAGGGUCCUUUCCCAAUCUAUGCUCGAUGAGACCGAGUGGAUGCAACAGAGGCAUGAGCAGUCAAACUUGAUUGAUGAGAAGAGAUUGCAAGCUGUGUGUCAUGGCCAAUGCUAUCAGAGACGAGUUGCAAAAGCCUUCAAUCGAAGGGUGCGUCCUAGAUACUUUGAAGUCAAUGACCAGUGCUGA